AUGAGGGACGGGGAUAUCCCUUUCUCGAGCAAAAAGGGUUCGGAGACCAAAAAUUGCAUCAUCGAUUGUCCUCAAAUGCGGCACAGAAACGAACCACCUGGUAUGCCGCCCCUAAUGGAGACUCAUAACACCAAUUACUCGCGACACAAAGGGAAUGAGGGACUGGUACUUUCCUUUAUCGAACAAAAGAACUCGAGUACCAAACCUCCAUUCUCGAUUGUCCUCAAAUGUGGCACAGAAUCGAACCAGUUGGGCGAGCUCAGUCGAUCCUUCCGACCACCUCACUCCAAAUUGCCAUAA